CACUCCGUCACUCGCUAUCCUAGUUCGGUCCCCUUUAACAACCUUCGUUAAAUACUUCUCAUAAACCAAAAUAGAAACUGAAUUGGAAAUGACAAAACUAUCAAACAUGAGAUCUAAUCUCACCCUCAAACCACUUAAAAGAAACAAUCAAGACUUUCAGCAGAAAAUUGAAUUGGGAUUUGGUAUCCAUGUUUAGUUUUACAGUGAAGACGACAAGUUGGUGUAACUAGUGGAGUUUUUUACUGCUCCAAUAGUAAAAAUGGAAUCUUUGAACUAUGCUUUUGAAGAAAAAGGUUUUCAUUGCUCUGAUGAGUUACCUGUUGAUUCCUUCUCAAGAACUAGAAGUCUUCUUAACGAAUUCGGCUUAAACCCUUUCUCUGAUCAUCAUGAAGGAGAAGAGUUCAUAGAAUCCGGUUUGGCAGAAAUGCUACAGAGAUCCAAAACUGAUAAUGAUCUUAGGCAAACAGCACUUUGCACUGGUGAUGCUAAUCCCGUCUUCAUCGACUCAAAGUCAUGCUUAGUUAUGGCUCCAAAGAAACGAAUGAAUCCAAAGAAGAUGGUAAUGAAUGAUUCCAAAGAAGGGAAAAGGGCUCGAGUCACUAAUUUUAGUACCAAACAAGUCCUUAUUUGUCAAGUUCAUGGAUGUGACCGGGACCUGAGUUCUUCUAAAGACUAUCACAAGAGGCAUAAAGUGUGUGAUGAGCACUCUAAGACGGCCAAAGUCAUUGUUAAUGGCAUCGAGCAGCGGUUUUGCCAGCAAUGUAGCAGGUUUCAUUUGCUAGCAGAAUUUGAUGAUGAUAAAAGAAGCUGUCGCAAGCGCCUUGCAGGCCACAAUGAGCGCAGACGAAAGCCUCUGCGCGAAUCUCAUUGGGGUAAAAUGACUUCAUUUUGUUCUGACCAGUACUUAUAUUUUGCAGUACUUAAUGUAAUCAACCAACAUAUAAUGUCAUAAGCCACUUACCCUAUCACUUGACUCUUAGAGCUACUUUGGUUAGGGGAUUGCAGGGCAGGUAGCGCGACGGGUGAUUUUUCAUUUUUACGGAGUAAACUAUUUCGGUGUGUAGGCAAUUGGAAAUAAAGUGGAGAUUAAAUACUGUAAAGAAAUAUCUAAUCUACCUAAGCAUAGAGUUAUUUCUUGUCUAAAGUCUAAACUAACACAUAGAGGUAAGUAAAAGAAAAAUCAAUCCUCCUCUCAUUCUCUCCUAAAUUCCCAAACCGUACAUGCCAUUAAUAUUGAAACAGGUCUGCAUUAAUAGAAUCAUAUAACAUUAAGCUAGGUCAAAUGUAUAAUUUGAUUCUGAUUAGUCUAACAACGCACAGGCUUAAGCAUUAGUCUUUUUAGUGCUAGUCAACAACAACAUUCAAGUCUUAGUUCAAGUGUUUGGGAUCGGUUCUAACCCGCUUUUAUAAGGACACAUACAAUGUCUUCAGCUAUUUCUCGAAAACAAAGCACACUUUUAAGUUGAUGGUUUUUAUUUUAAUGUAUUACACAGAUAUUGCAGGGCCAAGGCUCUUAGAUUUGACUGCAGAAAAGACUGUCUCAUUUUUGUUCCCAGAAGUACUCAGCAACAACCACUUUUUUCAAGAAAAGUAUGAUCCUGAAGAAAGACUCAUUGAUUUGCCACAACCAAAACCAGUUCAAGAACUCUGCAGGGGAGAAAAUUUCAUAGCUUCUCACUCUCUUCUGUCAGAAAAUAAUGAAAACGUUCUAAGCUAUCCAUUAAGCGAGUUGGACAACUUUGGAGUAGCGGAGUGGGAAAGCGUUCGUAAAGAUAGUGAUGGCAAUAUUGGCUUGAACUGUGAAGCUGAAAUGGACAGGAAUCUGCACAUAUCAGAUUCUUGGAAUCUGAAUAUGCACAUGUCCUCCGAAAGCGGGGAAACCAUUGAUCUGCUGCAGCUGUCCACACAUCUACUUAGAGUGGAGCAGCAGAGAAGUUACGCACAGGUUAAACAAGAUAGCUGUAACUUCUGUUUUACUACCACUUGAGGAUCUGCAAAUGCAUUUAGUUAUUAGAGUGCUUCUGUUUACACAUGUGUAGAAGUAGUGAUGGUUUUCAAAAGUGCAAGAGUGGGUUGAAUAUUUAUAUAGUUGUAAGAUUUUCUUGGUUAUGAAUAAGGUUCAGCAUAACUUAGCCUUGGAAAAUUUAAUGAAAAGUGAGGACAGUUCAACUCUUACAAAGAGAUUCAUUCAUUUAUAAAUAGUUACUCAAGGUGAG